AUUAUCGUUUAUUCAGUCACCGGUUUUAUAUGGACUAUAUGGGCAUCGUAUCGAUUCAUGUACUUAUAUAUCAUAUAAUGAUAAAUCUAUAUUGAGUAACUAUAUCGUAUUCCGACCGGGUCCCUUGCCUAUAUAAUAUAUAUAGUUCUAUAUAACUAUUAAAUACGUAUUUUUUUCAUGUCCCAUUUUGCGUAUUCGAUUCGCAUAUAAAUAAAUACACAUAUGUACGAAAAUCGGUCGAAAAACUAAACGCAUUCACGGUAAUUAAUAUUUAAUACCACGAGAUAUAUAUAAUGGCGCCGAAAUUUGUGGUGUUUAUGUUUUUGAUGUGUUACGUGAUCGUGAAAAACGCUGAAUCGGCUAAGCUCCAAGCUCUACCGUUACCGUCGUAUAUUGGUAAGGGCUGUCUGAGGGACGACCCAAACCUAAACGAAUGCGUCGUGCGCAAAGGAGCUCCGGUAAUUGAGCGUUUAGUCAAAGGUGACCCAAAGUACCGGAUACCGAAGUUAGAUCCUUUGGUCAUACCAGAGUUAACGAUCAAGCAGGGUACCAAACAAGUAGGUCUGACGAUGACGUGCAAAAACUGCGAGCUGCACGGACUAAAAGAGACGCGAUUCGUCAAAGCCAGAGUGGACGAGAAAAAGAAACACGUUGAAUGGGACUUUGAACUCGAUCAAUGUAUGUUUUUGGGACAAUAUUCAGUGUCAGGACAAGUCCUAAUAUUGCCGAUCAAAGGCGACGGAGACGCCAAUAUCACAGUCAACGGAAUAACGUUUACGUAUUUGUAUGACUACGAUCUAGUCAAACGAGCAAAUGAAAGAGACUAUGUUGAUAUCGUCAAGAGUGAAUUGAAGUUCAAUGCUAACGGAAUGAAAUUGAAAUUAGAUAAUUUAUUCAACGGAGACAAGCUUUUGGGAGAUAACAUGAACCUUUUUCUAAACGAGAACUGGCGGGAUUUACUGAAAGAGUUUGGACCUGCCAUUGGUGACGCGUUCGGAACGAUAAUGAAAAACACGCUGGGAUCGGUGUCUGACCUAGUGCCGUACGACUUUAUUUUUCCAACUAGUUAAUUUAUACUUCGUAUCUACUUAUCUAUUAUAAUUUAUUGAUAUACAUAUUAUAAUUAGUGUUAUAAGUCUAGUAUACCUACCUACGUUGUAUUGAUGUGUAAUAUUAGAUUAAUUCAUAGUAACUAUAUUAUAAUGUAAGCAGAUAGGCUGCUAUAAUUAAUUAUAGAUCAUAAUAUAGCCGACCACUAUAAAUGCCAAAAUCAAUUAUGAUUUUUAUAAGUGCAUACCUAUAUAAUAUAUUGUAAAUUAGUGAAUAUUUACUGAUUAUUAACUACAUGAAUUUUUCAUGCACUAUAGGUUAAUAAAGCAACUGCAGCAGUAUUUUUUUUAAAUUCCUCAGCUUAACACAACUACCUAUAAAUAUUAAAUAAUAAUGAAAUAAUAGUUUGGUAGGUUAUACUAUUAUACAAUUACAAUUAUUAGGUAUCAAUGAUAUCUAGAUGUUCCUAAUGUUAUCUUUAUUCUUAUAAAAUAACUUGUUAUAGUGCAUAAGAUAAUGUUCAUUUGAUAUUUUUAGGCCAUAGAAAAUAUAAAUAAAUAAUUUAAAAAUAUUACUAAUAGUAAAAUAUAAGGUAUUAAGGAAAGUACAUGGUUCAAUUUUCAGAAUUGUUACAAUAGCUAGAUACUUCAUGUCUUCAUCGAUUAAACCUUCAUGCAUCUUUCACCUGCUGGCUGCUGUUAUAUUUUUAAUGAAGAUAUUAUACAAUAAUAUAGGUACCUACUAUUGUUUAAAAUGUGGUUUCCUAUAUUAUAUAUUAUGUAACAAUAAGAUCCAUCAUAAAUAUAAUAUGAAUCCGUUAGAAAUUUAUUUUACCUGUGCAUGGCUAAAUUUGGAUUGUCUACUGUCUAAUUUGUAUUACUUUCUAGUCUCUAGAAUAAAACUGAUAACACAUGUCUGUAAAAUCAUCUACAAGAAAUAUAGUACCUAAAUAGUUAUAUACCUAUAUUAAUUGGUAAUAUCUAAUAAUAGUAAUAAUACGCGUAAUAUUGUUAGUUAUAAGUAGGUAAUAGGUAUACUAAUAAGAAAAGUGUUAUCAAUAAUAUUAUAUUGUAUUUAUUUAUUAUAAUUUAUAAAUAUAUGUUUUGAAAU